CAUGCUUGAAACUACUAAGCAAAGAGCGAAAAGAAGAAAUGAGUAAAGAAGCUUUAAGAGUUAUCCUAAUUCAUGGAUCUUGCCAUGGAGCUUGGUGUUGGUAUAAGCUGCUGGCUGAGCUUCAAUCUAAGGGAUAUAAUUCAGUGACAGCUAUUGAUCUCGCUGCUUCUGGAGCUGAUUCGAGAAGAAUUCCUGAAGAUGUUCGGACCUUUAAGGAUUAUAACAGGCCGUUAAUGGAGUUUAUGUCAACAGUUCCAGAUGGAGAGAAAGUCAUUCUGGUGGGUCAUAGCUUCGGGGGCCUCAGUUUGGCUUUCGCCAUGGAUGCCUUUCCUGAAAAGAUCGCUGCUGCUAUUUUCGUCAAUGCACUUUUGCCUGAUACUCUUCAUCAACCUUUCUAUUUUAUCGAUCAGCAACUUCAACAGCUUUCCAAUCGAAAGAUAGAACUUGAGAUAAAGCCAGUCGUCAUUACCGGAAAAUCAGAACCUUUUCUCACAGCGUGCUUCGAUUCCAAUGUUCUUGCCACCUACGUUUAUCAAAACUGCUCCUUUGAGGAUUUGAGUCUGGCAAGCAUGAUGUUGAGGCCUACGUUAAACUUCAGCGAAGAUCUGAGCAACUGUUCGCCAUUUACAAAAGAGGGCUUUGGAUCUGUGGAUAAGAUAUGUAUUAUAUGCAAUGAAGAUGCACUAAUCAAAGAGGAUUUUGUGCGUUGGAUGAUUCAGAACAACGGCAAUGUUAAAGAGACAAUAGAGAUCGAAGGAGCUGAUCAUAUGCCUAUGCUGUCUAAGCCACGUGAACUCUGCCAACUCCUUGCAAGCAUUGUUGACAUAUAUUCCAUUUUAUAAAUUUUCUCAGAGGGAACUAAAUAUUGAAGAUUUCAUGCAAAUCUCUAAUUAUUGAUCGACAGUGAACUCAAAUAAAAACUGAUCAUGUGUCUUCAUUAUGAAUAAAUUUAUGUGUGGCUUAAGCCUAAUCCCUGAUCCGAAUACAGAUUUUGCAA